CCAUCUCCUCAGGGGCGGGCCUUGGCCAAAGUGGUCAUCCCUGCUCUCCCUCGCCUUCCGCCGGCCCCUUUUAACCCGCGUCCUGGGUUCCCGAAAUGAGGGGCCGCUGCCCGAGAGCAGAAUAGGCUUGGGCCCGACCGGGAGACGCCGGAGCGGAGUUGCGGAUUAGGAGAAGCGAACUCCCGCCUUCCCUUCCCAUUUACCUCUCCACCACGGGUUCCAGGUUUAAGUUUUUGAAAAUAGAACUACAUAUUAAGAACUCAUGUCUUUUCUUGUAAGUAAACCAGAGAGAAUUAGGCGGUGGGUCUCGGAAAAGUUCAUUGUUGAGGGCUUAAGAGAUUUGGAACUAUUUGGAGAGCAGCCUCCGGGUGACACUCGGAGAAAAACCAAUGAGGCAAGCUCAGAGUCAAUAGCAUCCUUCUCUAAACAAGAGAUCAUGAGUAGUUUCCUGCCAGAGGGAGGAUGUUAUGAGCUGCUUACCAUUAUAGGCAAAGGAUUUGAGGACCUGAUGACAGUGAAUAUGGCAAGAUACAAACCAACAGGAGAAUAUGUGACAGUACGAAGGAUUAACCUAGAAGCUUGUUCCAAUGAGAUGGUGACAUUUUUGCAGGGGGAGCUUCAUGUCUCUAAACUCUUCAACCAUCCCAAUAUCGUGCCAUAUCGAGCUACCUUUAUUGCAGACAAUGAGCUGUGGGUUGUCACAUCAUUCAUGGCAUAUGGUUCUGCAAAGGAUCUCAUCGGCACACACUUCAUGGAUGGCAUGAAUGAACUAGCAAUUGCUUAUAUCCUGCAGGGGGUGCUAAAGGCCCUGGACUACAUCCACCAUAUGGGCUAUGUGCACAGGAGCGUUAAAGCCAGCCACAUUCUGAUCUCUGUGGACGGGAAGGUCUACUUGUCUGGUUUACGCAGCAACCUCAGCAUGAUCAGCCAUGGGCAGCGGCAGCGUGUGGUUCAUGAUUUUCCCAAGUACAGUAUCAAGGUCCUCCCUUGGCUCAGCCCAGAAGUCCUUCAGCAGAAUCUUCAGGGUUACGAUGCCAAGUCUGAUAUCUACAGUGUGGGAAUCACUGCCUGUGAACUGGCCAAUGGCCAUGUCCCCUUUAAGGAUAUGCCUGCCACUCAGAUGCUGCUGGAGAAGCUGAAUGGUACAGUGCCCUGCCUGUUGGACACCAGCACCAUCCCUGCUGAGGAACUGAACAUGAGCCCUUCACGCUCUUUGGCCAACCCUGGCCUGAGUGAGAGCCUGACCACCAGCAACCCCCGGCCCUCCAAUGGCGACUCACCUUCCCAUCCCUACCAACGAACCUUCUCCCCCCACUUUCAUCAUUUUGUGGAGCAGUGCCUUCAGCGCAACCCGGAUGAAAGGCCAAGUGCCAGCGCCCUCCUGAGCCACUCCUUCUUCAAGCAGAUCAAGCGACGUGCCUCAGAGGCUUUGCCUGAAUUACUUCGUCCUGUCACGCCCAUCACCAAUUUUGAGGGCAGCCAGUCUCAAGAUCACAGUGGAAUCUUUGGCCUGGUGACAAACCUGGAAGAGCUGGAGGUGGACGACUGGGAAUUCUGAGCCUCUGCAGACUAUGCAUGUUCUCCAACCUAGGGCAUGCAAGGCCCAGGAGCCCUUGAGGGCUGGCACAUUCCCACCCUCGUGGGUACAGACUGGGUAGAAAGGACCUUCUGUCAGCAGAGCAGGCUAUGGACUGAUUAGAAGGGCAUCCAGGAGAGAUUUCUGCACUGCUUUUGAAACAAGGGAAUCCCAGGCACCAGGGAUUGGGAAGGGUCAGAAAGCUGACAUAUCCUGUCCUACGAACUCAAGCAGCAUCCUCAAAAGAAAGAAAAGCUGCUCUGGCCUUGAGGCUGAAGUCUAAGUCUAAGUUGACUCAUCAACUUAGGGAACUGUCACCUCCUCUUCCCAUCACUUGUUCUCUUGCCAGCCUGAUUGUAUUCUUUUCCUCUGCUCUCAGAUCCUAUUGGUCCAUAAAGGGCCAAGUCAUUAGCAGUUUGCUUCCCUUGCUCUGAAGCCUCUCCUUAAUAACUGAAGGGAAGGGUCUGUCUUUUUUAAGCAUCAAGUUAAUAAAGCUGGGGCAGUCCAUCCUUA